AUGUCGCAACUCAUUCCAAACACCACACCUGAUCGAGAGUUUGAAGAUCAUACACACGUUAUACGCGCUUUAGCAGUUUUCCCUGAUAGACGACGUAUGGUUACGGGCUCGGACGAUAAGACCCUUCGUUUGUGGGACUUGAAGGACGGAGUUAUGUUGAAGAAAAUGGAGGGGCAUCACGCCGAAGUGACCGGAGUGGUAGUAUCACACGAUGGGCAAUUGAUAGCAAGCGGUGAUCAGAGUGGGGAGGUGAUCGCCUGGCACGGAGAAACUACGGAACGUCUUACCCUUGAACCCAUCAAAGCUCACUCCAGUUUUAUCUAUGCGUUGGACUUUUCUCCCGAUGAUGCAGUGCUGGUCACUGGUUCACAGGGCGAGGGAACCAUGACAAAGCUGUGGAGCACGACAACCUGGCGGCUGCAAGGAGAUCCAAUCCCGUGUAGUUGGGUCUUCUGCGUUCGGUAUUCGCCGUCUGGCGAACUUCUUGCGAUGACAACAUCUGGCUUCAUUGAAAUUUAUAAUUCUGGCACCAGGGAAUGCGUCGUAAGGUUGAAAGGUCAAAACUUGACGUCACUCGCGUGGACGCCGGAUGGCACACGUCUUGUCUCAGGGGGGAGUGCGAUUGAUCCCACCAUACGGGAGUGGGAUGCCUUGACAUGGAAGCAGGUCGGUAAUGCCUGGACAGGUCACACUAGCGCAAUCUUUGCCAUUGCCAUUCACCCUGAUGGCAUGCUCGUCGCCUCCGCAUCUGGUGAUAACAAUAUCUUUCUCUGGCGGCUCUCAGAUCAACAAAAUAUCGCCAUCUUCCGGCUCUCAGGCUGGGUGUCAUGUGUCACCUUCUCCAUCGACGGCAAUCACAUCCUCGGCGGAGGCGCUGAUAUGAGCAUCUCGGAGUGGGAAGUACCCGAGGACUUGAAGUCAAAGGCUCAAACGCCUGAAGAGUUAUUCACACAGGAGAUCACAAAAUUGAACAGUGCUGCUGACACGCAAAUACGAAGCCUGCGCGAGCAGUAUGUCGAUCUCUCCGAAGCCGAAGGUGUCAUUCGAAAGAUCAUUAACACUCAGCUCGACACCAUACCGCCUCGUCUACUCAACACCGCCACCGGACUCUUAUGCCCCCAAGAACUGCAGACACGCAUGUUCGAAGCCAGCACAGAGUACAAAGAGCUUCUGUUACGGAUUAUGGAGCAUCCAGCCCUGCCGACAAAGCACAUCGCAGAAGCGGUGGCGACGUACUUCUGUUGUGUCAUGCUAUCACAUAGGUGGGAAGCAACGGAGCCGCUGCUGCACGACAUCCAGGACAAGGUUGUGUACGAGUUGAAGGCAGCUGGUGGUUUUAUAAAGUUGCAGUCAUUCUGCAAAAUUGCUCGUGAUGAGGGGUAUCACUGGGCGUGGGUUGAUACAUGUUGCAUUGACCAGAAAAAUACUGUCGAGGUCCAAAAAUCACUGAACUCCAUGUUCGCGUGGUAUCGCAAUUCAGCGCUCACAAUUAUCUACCUGGUGGAUGCUCCGCCUUCGUCCGAGCCUGGCGCACUGACAAAGAGCACUUGGAAUACCCGAGGAUGGACUGUCCCCGAAUUCCUCGCUCCUAAAGUCAUCCGCUUCUACCAACAGGAUUGGACUCUAUAUCUCAGUGACGACUCCCCCAACCACAAGGAGUCUGCCAGAAUCAUGGGCGAGUUGGAGGAUGCGACGGGCAUAGAUGCACAUGCCCUCGUCGCCUUCCAACCUGGGACGAGAGACGCCCGCGAGAAACUCCGAUGGGUGUCUAUGCGCAUUACCACUGUGCCGGAAGACAUUGCAUAUUCAUUGUUUGGCAUCUUCGGCGUCCAACUCCCUAUCCUUUACGGCGAGAAUAAGCAAAAUGCGCUUGGGCGGCUCCUGCAAGAGAUCGUGGCUCGCUCGGGCGACAUUUCUACCCUGGACUGGGUCGGACAAGCAUCCCAGUUUAAUAGUUGUAUUCCAGCCGACAUUUCCUCAUAUGCAGCUCCAUCACUCAUCCUGCCGUCUUUGCCUGAAGAUGAGAUUCGGAAGAUGGUCUCUUCGCUGCAAAAUACCGUGGCUGUGGACCUGGCUUCAAAAUUUUAUGACCAGCUUAAUCAGCUGGAACCUCCUCGCUUCGCGAACUGCAGACUUCGUCUGCCUUGCAUCACAUUCCCUGUCACAGAAAUCAGACGGAGGCGUGGUCCAGCCCUAGAAACUCAUUUCACGUAUAGAGUCAAAGCAGAUAGGCUUGAUGACCUGCUGAUCACUACCGAAGAGAAGUUGAUUCAGUUCACGCCAGAAAGGCGCACUCUACAGUCGUUCUUCCUUGUCCGUCCGUGGGAUCGGUGUCUCCUCGAGCCACCUGCCUUUGCGGAGCCGCCUGCCUUUGCAGACGAUGCGGAGAGUGAUGAUGCGGAGAGUGAUGUAUCCGAUGAUGAUUAUUGGACCGUACUCGAGCCUCCGUCAGAUCAGUCACCAGGUGGUGCUCUUGUAGAACAGGAGCUGGUUGAUUCGGAUCCUUACUCUCGAGCAUUACGAGUGAUUGCUCGCCUUGGACAGCCGUUCGGCGCGUUUUUGUUAGUGCAGCAGCGCAGUGGGGAGUACAAGAGGAUUGCUUCGGAUUACAAUAUCGUUGCACAAGUCAGAGACGUGGCUUCUGUCCCCAACAUGAUGAACAUCAAGACCCUCGAAAUAUUGUAA